AUGCUAAGAUCAUAAAAAAAAAAAAAUUUCCCAACCUACCCUAAUGUAUAUUCAAAUUUCACAAAAUUAAUUGAUCAUUUAGGUUUGUUGAACGUGCAGCAGAAAGUCAACAACUUUGACCCUUACAGAAGGAUUGUUCCAGAGGACGAUGCCCCAUUCUUGUGUCUAAAAGAUCUUGUCUGUAAAAUCGAUUCUUUAUUCCCUGUCAAACUUGUUAUUACGUAUGUUUCAGAGUAUGUUUUCGAAUUAUCUGUGAAAACUUUUCUGUUAUUUCAGAAGUGGAGCCAAUAAUUUAUCAUCUACAUAUUUAAAACAAUCCUAUAUUUCCCCCUCAUUUCAGAAGGUAAAUGCGGAAAUGAUUUCCGUAGUUAUAGCCGGUUGAUUUAUCGACGAUCAAUUAACUGCGGUCGGUAUGCACCCCUAAGUCGGGGGAGGGUUUCAGCUACUGCUAGUUCAAAAAACUGAUCACGGGUCCGGUGAGAGGGCGUAAGAUCGCGGGACCUUUCUACUCGAUGGGGACUACAUCAUUAUACCGACACACACUGUCAGCCUGACGUCAUUUUGAAAUUGAAUCUGCGUUGUAGCCCACGACUCCACAAUCCAUUUCAGAUGCCGAAGAGAUGUGAUUGCAUCAUGAUGAUAUAUUAACAACUGAAUUAUCUGAUUGUAACUGCACCCUCCGUUGAAAUAAUGGGUUUGAUGUACCCCGGGUUUCGAGAGAUGAGAGCAUGGCGCAUGUCAAGCGCAUGUCAUCCGUCGCUAUCCGCUGCUAUCAGCACGUCAGUGGUCAGCGAAAGGGGGUGUCAAUAGCCCCGCAAUGGUCGAAAUGGGGAGCACAAAUUUCGUAAACGUUCAGGAUUAAUAAUAACCCGACGACGAUACUUUUCAGUAACAAACAAUAGUUUAUUCGAGACCAUGGCGGAAUUAGCUGGACCAAUUCUCCACGUUAUUGUUGUCGGAUUUCAUCACAAGAAAGGCUGUCAGGUCGAAUAUUCAUAUCCACCACUGGUCCAAGAUGCUCCAAACGAGUGUCCGAUCGGCUGGAAAUAUUUGCCAACUCUUGCUUUGCCCGAUGGAUCUCAUAACUAUGAUGAAGAUACUGUUUAUUUUCAUCUACCCAGUCUCAAUGAUUCAAAACGCACAAUAUAUGGAGUUUCAUGUUUUAGGCAAAUUCCAGUUGAGAAGCUGAAGAACAGGACUUCGGACAUUACUAGAGGAACGGUGCAAAAAUCUGUCUGUGUUCUAAGCACAUUACCAUUAUAUGGUCAUAUCCAAGUCAAGAUGGCACUAAUAACGCAUGCAUACUUUGACGAAGGAGACUUUAGCAAAGUAUCAUUACUUGAAGAUACUUAUCGCCAUCUCAAUUCUUGUAUGAGUGGUGAAAGUCAAAUUCCACCACAAAUAUUUGUUGGAUUGUCUGCCAGAGAUUUCAUUCUGCACUUUCGUCACAAGGCUUUGCUCCUCUUCAAGCUACUUCUUCUUGAAAGAAAAGUCGUAUUUUAUCAGUCUCCGGUACAGCCGUUAUGCGCCGCGAUUCUGACUCUAUUAUCUCUGCAUCCAGGUAUGAUCGAACAUGGAAUGCAUCAGGCAGCUUGCGUCAGAACUUCCCGACCCAUGUCUCCAAUACCCAAUUUUGACCAGGAAGACAGUCCUGUGAGAAAAGUGGAUUCAAAUUUGCAUAGAGAAGUUGCGUCAAGAGAUCCUCAGAACAUUGAUGAAAAAUCAGAGAAUGUACCAAUAUAUAUGAAUGAUAAUAAGACCAUCGAGACCAUGGAAGGAAAGUGUAUGGACGAAAUAACUAUUUCGCCGAAUAAAAAUUACAAAAAUGAUGAUACCGGCACCAAGGUGAUACCUACUGUCGAAACAAAGGACUGUGACGAGUCUACCACGGAUGAAAUUGAUUCAAAAAAUUCACCCAAAACUAAUGAGGGUGUUCACAGGGUCCAUAGUGUAAAUACCAUAACAUUAGGUAUGGGAGAACUUGGAAACAGUCUUCCCAGAGAUACAAGUAGCGACGCACUUUCUGAUGCUCGUAUGACCAGUAAUAUCACUCAAAUUGCCCACGUCAAUCCCGAACUUUGUGGCCUACCCCUUGCUCUUUUUGCAAAGGGCUACUUGUGUUUGCCAUACUUGUCACUGCCAUACCUUGACCUAUUGGGUGACGUAAAUGUCAGAGGUUACAUAGUAGGAGCCACAAAUGUUCUAUUCAAGCAGAAAAAACAAUUGAUCGAUGUUUUGAUAGAGGUUGAAACUGCCAGAAUAGAGGCAACCGAUCCAGAAUUGAGGCGGCAGCUGCAUCUGACGACCGAGGACUUGAGAUUUGCUGACUACGUAGUGAGGCAUGUAGCUGAGCCGAGAAAAGAUGUUUUAUUGGACGGAGUAGGAUGGGAGGGCGGAGAUGAAUGGAUCAGAACGCAAUUUCGAGUAUAUCUCUUGAGUUUGUUGAGAACUUCAUUGCAGGCGGAUACUCGUCAGUCAGAUCAUUUCAACUCCACAUUUGUGGCAGCAUGGAAAAAUACUCACAAUUACAAAAUGUGGAGUAGCAUUGAUAAGCCAGAAAUCAAUAGCGUUGAGAUUGGUCAUCCGUUUGCAGGACAACUCUCAGUCCAAGAUAUGAAGCUGCGUCUUUCCCAUACGAUGCAAAAUACAGAAAGCGGGCGGAAACUUAAUCAAGCAAUGGCUUCUACUGGUAGAGCGGUAGCCACAACCGGUAAAGCUGUAGGUGGUGCAAUCUCACAAGCAAAGGGCGCGUUUUCAAACUGGUGGACUACCUUAACAACGGUUCAAGCAACAGACACCGAAGAAGGAAUCGAUGAAAUUGUUGGAGAGUGUGAGGAAUCAAUUCAGAAUUUAGCUAAUGAGUCUAGUGUGGGUGUAGAAUCUCUCGAUACAAAUCCACAGAGUCAAACAGAUAUUUCUGUUGCUACAGAUUAAUUAUAAAUAACGACGUAGUAAUUUCAUUUUCAUCUUAGUAAGAAUCAAGGACCGUUACUCUAAUUCAAUAGAUUUCAUUUUCAACGAUCAAGUUAAGUAUAACAUUUGUUGAGUUCAAGAUUUUCACCGAGCAUUUGAUUUUCACAUUCUUCUCUCUAUGCAUGCACCUCCCAUAGAUGUGUAGAUCAUUUAUUAUUAGCAAGAUCCCAUGUUUCUCUGAAAUAUCGAGACAUUACUUAGAAAUUUAGUACAGUGGCCGCAACUGAUUAUAGAUCAAUCGUCAUGGUGGGCUUUGUUAUUAAUAUGUAAAUACUGAAUCAUGAAAAACAAUCAACGCGUAUAUUGCAUAGCUAUAAUUUUAACAUCCGUUCUUUGGUAUAAUUUUAUUUUGAUAAAUUUUCCAUGUAGCUAAUUUUUUGGGAAAACUUUUAUGAACCAUUUAGUCAAUAUGGUGACUGUUUGGAAAAUAUAAUUUUGUUGUACCGUAUCAGAAUACCAUUCAAUACAUGGCAAGUAGAAUAUUAUUUAUUUUAGAUUAUACGAAACCAGGGUCGUUUUUAUAUAAUAAUUUAAUUGUAGUACCGUAUAGGGAUAUAGAAAGUGUUGAGUUUCAUUAGAGGGGGUUGUAAUUAAUAUGAUCAUCAUACUAGUAAAUAAGAAUCUGAUAAACAGUAAUAUAUCAAAACGAUUACUUUGCAUAGCCGAGUACGUUCACUUAUAUAAAGUUAGUUCUUCUUUGAUUUGGAGCAAAAAAAAUAAGUGACUGGUCAUGAUUUACAAUCAAAGUAACAAAUGCAGAAAAGCUGUGGCUGGAAGAUAUGAUUCAUAAUCUGUGCAUCAAACUUAGUUAUAUUAAUUCAAGUAUUUCCUUUAGCUACUACAUUUGAAUUAAGAAAUCGUAUUAUUAAACUGAACUUAACGUGAUGUGAUAAAAUAAUAUUUAUAAUUAAAUAAGAAGUCAGAGUAGCAAUAUGUGACACAUGUAUUAAUAAUUUUUUCCACUUUUUUGAUAUAUGUGUAAAUCUUUAUUUUGACUUAAAUUUCAUUCGUCAUAAAACAAUAAUUUUUUUAACUAUACAAUGAAAAAGUAUACCAUACAUUGAGAGGCUUCUAUGAACUUAAUAUUAGCUAAAAUCUAGGUAUGUGUCUUACUUGAAUUGGACGUGAUGUACUUUACGUAGUAAUUUUUGUCAUUGCCAUUAUAAAAAAAAAAAUAUGUAUAGAUGAGGAUUGGAAAACAAAAAUCCGUUAGAAAGAAAAAUCUAAUAACAUGGGAUAACGCAACUAUUCAUCAUUAAGUGUUAGGAAUCCCUUUUUGCCUCCCCCUACAUCUUACGUACGUAUACGCAAACGAUUUGUAAGAUUUUUGUAACUGCGUAAUAGAGAGAAAAAGAAAAAGAAAUCAAUCUGUA